UCCAAACCGGUAGGGGGAACCAUAUAAUCUCCGCAGCUCCGAAGACAGGGGAGGGCGUCGAUCUGGGUUCACCAAAUCGCCAAUCUACGACUCCUCCUCACACAGCCGCCGGCCAGCACCAGUUAGCAGCAGGUCUGCAGCAGCAGCUCACGCGAAAAAACAUGUCGAGCAGGUGCCAACACCCUGCAAACAGGAGAUCAGCUGUUUCGUCAUCGGACAUAUGUACUGCUAAAAGAAGCCGAUCUGAGCCUCUUAUCGGUAGUCUUCCUGAGGGUAUUAUGCAUGAUAUAGUAUCAAGGCUGACGCUGAAGGAUGCUGUCAGGACCAGUUCCGUGUCGACAACCUGGAGACGACUGUGGACAUGCCAUCCCGACUUAUGCUUCGACGGUCCUACGAUCCUGAACCGCGAGCCCGGCAGCAGGAGCAGGAGAAGGAGGCACAGGUUCAUCCGGCGUGUCAAUGCUAUCUUGGAAUCCCACGACGGUACAAGGCUAAGGAGGUUUAAGAUUGCGUUUACUCUCGACAUAAGGCACGCGAAAUAUCUGGAUCAAUGGCUCAAUUUCGCGCUCGAUUCGAAGGCGUCUAUAAUUUCUGUUAAUUUGCGCCCGGUGUUGCACAAGGGUUCUGUAAGGUCUUGGGAGGAAACAUACACCUUGCCGGUUAGUAUGUUUAGCAGUCAGUGUGCAUCUUGCAUCGAGAUGCUUCAGCUUGGCUGUGUGUCUUUGAAGCCACCCCACGAUUUCGAUGGUUUUGCAAACCUUAGGGUGCUGGAUCUCGAGUGUGUUUACAUGUUGGGAGGAAAUCUUGAUCUGCUGUUGUCAAAGUGCAAUGCAUUGGAGUGUUUGCGCUUGAGCCGUUGUUGCCCGAUGCCUAAUCUGAAAGUGCAGCAACCACUCUGCCGGCUAAGUUAUUUAUCUGUUCGGGAGUGUCUGCCGCAGGGUAUGGAAUUCAAUGCUCCCAAUCUAACGAAAUUUGACUAUUCGGGUGAGGCCAUACCCAUUACACUCAGUGAAUCCAUGAAGUUAACACAAGCCACCGUGGCGCUCAUGGGGUAUGACGACACUCUUGAACAUGUCUUAACUGAACUUCCGAAGACCCUGUCUCAUGUGGAGACACUGUCUGUGAGAACUUGCAUAAACACUGAGGUGUUUGGAUUUUCAAGAUGUCUGGUAAAGUACAAUCAUUUGAUAAAACUGGAGGUGACUGUAAGUAUUCUGGGUGACUCAAGAAACCGAAAUGGGAUUCUUCGUUUAGCUAAUCUUCUAGAGGUGGCCCCUCACCUGCAAAGGCUCGAGUUAAAUAUGCUUCCACAUGUGUCGACGGGCUUUUUAAACAAUGUACCUGAAGCUUACUGGCACAUUCAGCCAUGCACCCACCGUCAUCUUGAGCAGGUCGAGGUUUCAGGGUUUAUCGGCGUAAAUGGUCAGCUUGAGCUGGUAUUGUACAUCCUUGACAAUGCGGUGGCUCUGAGGGGCAUGUCCAUAGAACCGAGGGUGACAGCAUAUGAUCGUGUCUUUGGAUACUGGGCAGGGUUAGAUAUUGACAUAAAAAGAGGCAGGGAAUGUGUCUUGAAGAACAUUUUGCCUGAAGACUACCCUGAUGUGCAGAUUGAGAUCUUCUGAAGGGCCUUGAAGCUUUGUUUGUUUGUUUAUUUGUGUACAUAUUCCAGGAGCUUAGUAAUCUAAGAAAAUUUCAGCAAUCGUAUUUA